AUGCCGGCAGGGGCUGUAGUCCCCCCUCCCCGAGUGCCCUGGAAAGGAAGCCGGCUGGGCAGCCUCGCCGUGGUCACCCGCGACGACUUCGAGGGCGCCUGGCGCCGUGUGGCCCGCGGCGGCUUCGACCCGCGCUCCAGGUGCAGCGAGUCCGCCGGUGCCCUCAGCCGGAGGCCGCCAGGUACCUGCCUGCGCCGUUCGAUCCGGAGGGCACAGCCGGAGCUCCCCUGGGAGGGUGCCCCGCCUCCCCACAGCUACCAUGUGGAGCUUCUCAUUGAAGAAGCAGCCAAAAUGGAGAAGAUCAAAUUUCCACACAUCCUGUCCAUCUACGUGUGCGGGGAGCCCCUGGGCACGGUGAUGGAGUUCAUGGCCAGCAGCUCCCUGGAGAAGAUGGUGCCCACACACAGCCUCUCCCAGCAGCUCAAGUUCCACAUCGCCCCGGAGAUCAGCCUGACCAUGAGCCUUCUCCAUAGCAUCAAGCCACCCCUGCUCUUCCGGGACCUCAAGCCAGGCAACCUCCUCCUGGAUAGCAAUAUGCAAGGUAAAGGCCCAAUUUCGGACUUUGGCCUGUCCAAGUGGAUGGAACAGUCCAUCCAGAUGCAGUACAUGGAGAGGUCAGCGCUGUGGGGCACCGUCAGCUACAGCCCUCCUAAGAUGUCCUUGGAAGGUAACAAGGCCCUAGGACCCAAGUACGAUGUGUACAGCUUUGGGAUCGUCAUCUGGGAACUCCUCACUCAGAAGAAACCAUAUUCAGACAUCACAGUCGAGACAGACAUGCUGCUCUCCCUGUUCCAGGGUCCUAUGGCAGACGCCGAGAGCGAGGCUCUGGCCAGGACAGUGCCCUGCCAGCUUCUCCCCCAGCCUGGGGAGGUCAGUGUUGAGGUCAGCCAAGAGCUAACAGACAAGGACUCCGGAGACUACUUGAAGCACGUCCUGGACGAGGAGCUGCAUGGCUGCGAGAACAAAGUCACUCCCCUCACUUCCCGGUGGUGCAGGGCACAGGUGAGGCUGCUGCUAGCUCACGAGGUCCACGUGGACGGCCAGAGCACCUGCGGCUACACGCCCCUCCUCAUCGCUGCGCAGGACCAGCAGCCCGACCUCUGCACCCUGCUCCUGCAGCACGGGGCGGAUGCCAAGCUGGCAGAGGAGGACAGCUGGGCCCCGCUGCCCUUUGUAGCCCAGAGCGGUGGUGACAGCCCCGCGCCCCCACCCCUUGGACCACAGGGCCCAUGUGGGUACCCAGGAGCGCGAGGGUGGACCCCGCCCCACCUGGCCACACAGAACACCUCUGAGAAUGUGGCACGGCUUCUGGCCUCCCGUCAAGCUGACCCCAACCUGCGUGAGGCUGAGGGCAGGACCCCUCUGCACGUGGCUGUCUACUUCGGCCAUGCCAGCCUGGUCAAGCUGCCGACAGGCCCGGGGGCCGAGUGAGCCCAGCAGAGAAACCUGAGCACGCCCCUGCCCCUGGCGGUGGAGCGAGGCGAAGUGAGGGCCAUCCGGCACCUGCUGAAAAGUGGGGCGGCUCCUGAUGCCCUCGACCGGAAGACAGCGGCCACCAGGGGUAAGUGCCUGGCCUGGGAGGUGCUGCUCAGGGAUGGGGCCGGCUUUGAGCUACUGAGCCGGCAGGGCUGGAACCCCCUGCACCUCGCAGCCUACAAGGGCCCCUUGGAGGUUGUCCACCUGCUGGCAGAGAGCCAGGCAAACGUGGGAGCUCCCGGAGGCAUGAAGGGGACACCUCUGCACCUAGCUGCCCGCCACGGGGAGGAGCUGGUGGCGUUGGCGCUAAGGGGCGUCUUCCUGAGCGUCCUCAGCCUCCUGGAGCACCACGCAGAUGCCCAUGCCCGCAGCAAGGCUCCCAGGCGCAGCGGGUCAGACAGGAAGGGCUUUCUGGAAGAUGCAUGCGUGGAAGGAGGACAAGGACACAGCAGGCGGCGGGCAGGGCCUGGACUAGAGGGGCUGGGGCCAGGGACCCCAGAGGCCAGGGAAUGUGGACGAGCAAGUCUCAGGAAGGAGUCAGGGGCCACAGCAUGGGCUCAGAGCCGCCAGGCCUCCAACCAGAAGGAAAAGGCCUCUCCAGAUGCCUUCUCCAUCAGGCUUCUCCCCAGCGGCACUCACCCUGCUGCCUUUGCCAGGUCGCAGAGCUCGGGUGGCACAGAGGGACCAGCCUCUUGCCCUCACCAAUUCCACACCAAGGCGUGCCGCGUCAUUGUUGUCACCUACGUGACCAGCGUUCCCACCCCCAGCCAGGGCUCUGCUGUGGCGAAUGUGCAGUUUGUGCGGCUGUAG